CCUAGACUAAUGACAUACAUUCCUCGGAAUAGUUAAUUUAUUUUACUCUACCAUAUGGUUGUAACAUGACGGCGGAUGGUCGAUGUAUCCCUUAUUUGAUAACAGAAUUUUCAAAACACCGAACACUUCGACUAGACUAGUUCUGAAAUAUUUGUCGUUCGUAUAUUCCAUACAAGCCCGGAACAACUCUAGAUCAGAAAAUGCUGAAAUUUAAAAAGUGAUCAUAGUUUAUCUGUUUUAGACUUUAAUACUUGGCUACGAUGGAUCUAUUAAUGCGUACCAUGUUAGGAAUUAUGUGUUUCGUACCGAUUUCACAUGAACAAGGCGUUGCUCCAGUACGAAAGCGUGAUAUCUUCGAUCGAAAUUCCGUGUUUCUAAAAAAACAAAUUCUCUCUCAAGUUGCCGAUGAUUUAUUAUCAAGCAAUUUAUUCAAUAUACUGAAUGGCCAGUUACUCCUUUCUGAAAGGAACGUCAAUGUAUCUGUCCAGUGUCACAACCAUACGAUGUUGAUGUUGGCCACUGCUGUCACAGAGCUGAAGAAAAACCCCGAAAAUUGGGCAAUGCAAAUGAUUGAUGCAACAGGAAAACUUCCCAGUGGCAUACUAGAGGGAAACUUCCACUGGUGGGGGUCAUUUAGUCAGUGUAACAACGUAACAGCUAAGGUAAUGGAAAAUGGAACAGUGAAGAUGCCAUUCAAGGGUAAACAUUGCAUGGCUAACUUUGGCAGCCUCCUACCAAAACCAAAUAUGACACAACUGGGACAACUCCCUGCAGGGUUAGAUCCAAGUAUCCUAGAUAUCGGUGUAUGUGUUCCUAGCACAUGUUCCAAGGAAGAUGUUAUAGGCCUUGUCGAUGCAGGUUUAUUUUUGCUGCCAAAGAAUAUCUCUGUAAAAAAAGCUACAUGUACUAAUACACAUCUGGACCUGGACUGGAGAGCUAUAUUAGCAAUUUCCAUACUGAGUGUGUUUGGAUUUCUACUGUUGGUUGGAACCAUUUAUGAUGUGAUACUGUCAACUACAGAGGAGCCACCAUUAGAACCUGUCCUUGAUAAAAAGCCUAGUCUACGCAGUCCCAGUGGUGCAAAUGGUCCCAGUGGUGCUCAUAGUCCAGGAACGAAGUUGGAUGUUGAUGAAUAUACCCCUCUACUUGAUUCACAUGAUGAGAGAGCUGUGAAUAUACAACAGCCUUCUGUAGAGUAUAGUAAGCCUCAACAUGGUUUGUUCACUAGGAUAAUCCUCUGCUUCUCAAUGUACACCAAUGGCCAAAAGAUCUUGAACACUACUCAAUCAGAUGACAGUCUGCAGUGUGUGCAUGGGAUCAGAUUCCUCAGUAUGACUUGGGUAAUACUUGGUCAUACAUAUGUCUUUGGCUUAGGAGCUACAGGUAAUUUAAUUAUCCUUCAGGACUAUGUGAAGCUCUUUAGUUUCCAACCCAUCAUCAAUGCAUUCUUCUCAGUGGACGCAUUCUUCUUCCUAAGUGGACUGUUGGUGGGGUACCUUGUGCUGAAGGAGAUGGAGAAAAAAGGUGGAUGGUCUAAACUCAACUGGCCAUUGUACUAUGUCCACAGAUUCUGGAGGUUAACUCCACCAUAUAUGCUGGUGCUAAUGAUAAGUGUUUGCCUAACUCGCUAUAUGAGCACGGGUCCCCAGUGGCCAGAGCAGGGAUUUGAGAUAGACUACUGUAAAGACUCCUGGUGGACUAAUCUUCUUUACAUCAACAACUUUGUAAAUGUAGAAAAAAUGUGUCUGGGCUGGUCCUGGUACUUGGCCAAUGAUAUGCAGUUUCACUGGAUAAGUCCUAUCGUUCUCAUUCCAUUCUCCAAGUCUAGCUUAGCAGGGUCUUUAGUAGCAUUUGUUUUACUUCUUGCACACCUCGUUACAACUGGGAUUCUUUCUAAGCAGUAUGGAGACACCUUUCAAUUAAUCGUUAAUCCAGAAAAGGCGCAAGAUGAAAUAGAAGCUUUACAUGGUUUUGAGUAUGUCUAUAUAAAGCCGUACACCCGUAUUGGACCAUAUCUGAUUGGGAUCGUGGUUGGAUAUAUUCUAUAUAAGACAAAUAGAAAAGUUAAACUACAUUGGACUGUAGCUGUGUUUGGAUGGAUAGUGGCUGCUGGACUUUCACUGUCAACACAAUAUGGGUUAUAUGGUCUAUUCAACGAAGCUCCAAUAUCUCCUGACGUCAUGGCUUUAUAUGAUGCAGUAUCACGUACAGUGUGGAGUAUGGGCCUAGGAUGGGUGGUCUUUGCUUGUGUAACAGGAUAUGGAGGAUUUGUGAACACGCUACUAUCCUGGUCUGCCCUGGUUCCUCUCAGUCGUCUCACCUACUGCGCCUACCUCAUUCAUCCAAUCUUAUUGAUGGUCUAUUAUUAUAGCCGCGAAACUGUUUUCUACAUCUCAGAUCUGAAUAUCGUUGUAACAUUCCUUGGAAUGCUUGUUGCUACAUAUGGUGUUUCAUUUUUUGUCUCUUUGGCUUUAGAAGCACCAUUCAUGCGCCUUGAAAAGAUCAUAUUCAAGCGAUGAUGAUAUUUACCACUAGGAGAUCUUAUUAUAUACUAAGUGAAUGUUUUUUCUAUUUCCCGAGAUUGCAAUUGGGAUCAGGCCGGUAGCCAGCUUUUGCCAAGGGGGGUUCAGUUUUGAAAGAAAUUCUAGGGAGGUUUAGUUUUGACAAUUUUGGCUCAUAUUGGUGAAAAACUGCAUGAUUUUGAAAAAAGUUUUGACAGAACUCAGCCUGGUCUGGCGUUGGAACUUGGGAUAUUAUUUUGAAAGUGACAAAGAUAUUCCCUGAAACAGAAUGAAAUAUUUGUUUUAUUAGUUUACUAUUUACGGUUAUGAU